AUGAGCGCUGAUGUAUAAGAUAUAUUUUUUAAACGAGCAUUUUUUUGCCUUUCCUUUAAAAACAUUUGUUUCCGCCUGAAUUUACUUCUUUCUCUUCUACUCUUGUUUUGUGGUAUGACAACAAAGCAAAAUCCCGUGAUUCUCUUCUGCGCCCUUGACACGAAAGUAUCACAACUCGGUGUAAAGUUCAGGGACGAAUGAGUCGUCACUAAACCCGCACAGAUAUCCAAGAGGACAGCGAAGGUUAACGAAAAUGUGCGUAAAAUCCGAGUUUCCUUCUGCCGACUGGAUCCACACAAAGAAAAGACACCGAGGGAAAGUUCUGCAAAGUUGUUAAAUCCCGCUGGUGUUUGUCCCCUCCGCGGCGAGAAGGAGGUAGCCGACAUGAGGGUGUGUAAUCGGGGUGUCAUGAUGCUGCUGACCACGGCGGGAGCUUUCUGCGCCUUCAGCCUCAUGACCAUCGCCGUUGGCACGGACUACUGGCUGUACUCUCGAGGAGUGUGCCGCUCCAAGAGCCAAAACGACAACGACACCGUCCGCAAAAAUGAGGAGGUCCUGACCCACUCCGGUCUGUGGAGGACCUGCUGCACCGAGGGUACAUUUCGGGGUGUUUGCAAAGACAUUGACCAUUUUGCUGAAGAUGGAGACUAUGAGCAGGACGCUGCAGAGUAUUUACUACGAGCAGUACGAGCCUCCAGCCUGUUCCCCAUCCUCAGCGUGGGGUUAUUAUUCCUCGGAGGUGUUUGUGUAGCUGCCAGUGAGUUCUACAAGUCACGUUACAAUGUCAUCCUCUGCGCAGGGAUACUCUUUGUUUCUGCAGGUCUCAGCAACAUUAUUGGUAUUAUCGUCUACAUAUCAGCUAACUCCGGUGACCCCAGCCAGAGCGACAACAAGAAGAGCUACGCAUACGGCUGGUCUUUUUAUUUCGGAGCUCUGUCCUUCGUGCUGGCUGAGAUGGUGGGCGUCCUGGCUGUGCAUGUUUUUAUAGAAAAACACCGUCAGCUCCGCACUAAAGGCCGGCCCUCCCUCAUGAAGCCGCCCGUCUCCCGCACCUCGUCUUACUUCCGCAAUCGGUACUACAGCAAUCGCGGCCGCAGGUACAGCUCCAGGAGCAACCACAGUGUAGGAGACUCCAACUUACAGUCCUUUCAGACAUCCUUGGUAAGGGACCAAGAGCCGUCCCUCUCAAAUGAUUCUAAGAUCACAAUGGCAGGUUUGCCAUCACCUGUGACAGUGGGGUCAGAGUUCAUACUCUACACUUUGGCCUCACCCCUCAAAGACAGUGAAAUUGACAUGGAUGAAGAUGAUUUAACUACUGCAGCUGCUCACAACAACACAGAGAUGCUGCCGGGAAACUGUGCGGCCAGCAGAAGGACGACGCCUGUUUAAGAGGAGAGGAACUUCUAUUAGAAGAAAACAUUGAACGAGAAGAAGUUCUCUUCCUUCUUAGAAUGAGAAUAAUGAAAACAUUGGAGUCUGAAAUGGGGGUGAAGAAACUUAUGAGUUUACUAUUUUUGCAAUAUGUUAAGUGUUUGAAAUAUUAAGAAUUGAAAAUCCUCCGUUGCAUUCCAAAACUGAAGUGACAUCUCCAGGUUCCAACCAACAGUCUUGAAACAAAAGACAUUAAUUUACUUUUCUAUUAAACAACAAGAAAAGAUCAAAAUCAUGUUGAGAAGCUAUACACAAAGUAUGUUCAAAGGAUGUUGUUUUCUAAUUAUCUUAAUUUUCCAGCU